GCUAACUGGUGUUUGCAUAAUGAGUCUAGCGCGGAGGAGAAAUCGGUACAGCUAUAUGGUAAGAAAAAUAAAGGUUGUGGGCGCUUGUUGUUUGGUCUGUGCGUUGACUUGUGUACUCGUCACCAUCACAACAACCGUGAUUCAUAUGAACAAAUUGCAGACACUAAAGUUCUGCGAGUACACGAAGCUAACGAGGACCUGCACGUGUUAUUCUGUCGCUACAGACUCUCCGCACAGUGGUACGGAAGAAGAUGUGCGGUGCGUGUUCGAGGGCGUGUCGGAGUGUGGCGUGGUGCACGGCGCGCUGUACUGGUGCCUGCGCGGCGUGUUCGCGCUCUCCGUCAGCGCCGUGCUCGUCUGCAUCUUCAGCUGCAUGCUCGCCUACCAGCUGCUCAGCCAUGAACGUAAGAAGAUGUAUUGGGAGCAAUUAGAGCUACGAUGCAGGUCGCUGUACCGACCGCCGACCGGGCAGGCGACGCCUGCCGCGGGCAGACCCGUGCAGAACAAUUGCAGCUGUUGCGCUCAAUGCCACACCGCACAGCCAGCUUGGGAUUUUAGCUUGCAACAUCGGUUUUGGGCUCCAGGUCGUAUUGGUAAUUUGUAUUCUCCGAAUCCCGGCGCAGCAAGAAAGACUUCCCCGUGGAGCUGGUUUCCUUGGCCAAGGAGUAAUAGUCAAAAUUCCCGUUGCCGUAUGGGAGGUGUACCACAGUCCGGGGACAGUGCUUAUGGUUUCUGCGAGACCGACCAAACUCCUCAGAAUCCGACGCAACCGUACGAUGAACGUUCUUAUCCACCGAAUUUCAAUCAACCAUUUCAACGAGGACAGAAUUCGGGAAAUUUCUCACAAAAUCCAGCAACUUUUGCUCAAACUUCGGGAAAUUUUUCACAAACUCCUGGCAACUUUGUACAAAAUUCGGGUAACUUUGCUCAGGGUCAGGGUAAUUUUGGGCAAGCGAGUGGCUUCACUCAGGGCUAUCAGGAAGGAUUCGGCGAAGCGAGUGGAAGUUUUGAUGCCCAGACGGGAGUGUGGGGCCCGCCGCCGCCCUACAGUCCGCAGGGAAGGAGUGGUAGUAGACAUCAUCUUCAUCAUCAAGAUCCUGCAGCUGCUACCCUGCUUCAUCACCAUCACAUAGACGUUCAUAGGAAUUCCAUGCCUGUUCAUGAACAUGCCAAUAUGGCUAUCCAACCGCACACGUGCGCAAGAAGUUCCUAUUUAAUGCACACGAACGUACAAAUGAAUCCAGACGUGACUCGUAUAAACCCAGAAAUAAGUCGAUUGAACCCAGAAAUGGGCCGCAUGAACCCAGAAAUAAGCCGUUUGAAUCCAGAAAUGAGCCGUUUAAAUCCGGAAAUAAGUCGUAUGAACCCAGAAAUGACUCACAUGAAUCAAAUGUAUCCGACAGAUCCAAAUGAAAUAGCUCGGCUGCAAGCUGAAAUGGCUCAAUUGGGUCCAGAGCGGUUUAAUACACUACGAGGGCAUUUAGUACCUUAUAGGGGAUGUGCUAGGUCGUUAGGUAUGAGUGCAGGGAAUCUGCCUAGAGAUUGUCGAGUGGACGAUAACAUCGCUAUAGAAUGCUUGCAUCAGAAGAGUGCUAGUAAAGUGUCAGAUCAAAGCAGUGACUCCUGUCAGAAGCAAGGCAAGGAAAACUUGGGAUUCCAAAACGAUAAACAUUCUCCAAUGCGGGCAUCAAUGCAAGACUGCCGCGCGGCCAAUCAGAACGCGGAAUCUGAAGUUUAUUUUGCUGAUGUAUCUAGUUGCUGUAAUGUUUCAGUCAAGGCCGACUGUUGCAUAAAUCCGAAUGUAUCAGCCCUUGUCGGGACCAUAGAGAACCAUCCAGAAUCCACAUCGGAAUCUGACACGGGAUCAUUUACAUUAACAAGACAGCAGCGUCCACAACCACAAGUUGGUUCCAAACGUCGACCAAGACAGAGUGACAAACAUAUGAAAAAUCAAGAAAAAAUACGCCAAGACUUAAACAGUUCGGUCAGGUUAACAGAGCAACAAAUAGAGCAACUGAACAAUUCAAUGAGAAUGACUGAGAGGAUGUGUGACAGAAUGAAUGAUCCCAGAGUUAGUGACAGAAUGAAUGAUUCAAGAAUAAGCGACAGAAUUAACGAUUCCCGAGUAAGUGACAGAUUGAACGAUUCUAGAAUAAGUGAUAGAAUGAACGACUCUCGAAUUAGUGACAGAAUGAACGACGCUAGGAUAAGUGACAGAAUGAACGACGCUAGAAUAAGCGACAGAAUGAACGAUUCUAGAAUUAGUGACAGAAUGCACGAUUCCAGAAUAAGUGACAGAAUGAAUGAUUCAAGAAUUAGUGAGAAAUUCAAUGACUCCCGUAUCAGUGACAGGAUGAAUGAAGUUCGUAUGAGUGAACGCUUGAGUGAUUCUAGAGAUCGAUUAAACGAUUCUAGAAUUGAACGUCUUAAUGAUUCGCGAAUUGAUAGAAUGAACGAAUCACGUGACCGUCUGAACGAUCCACGAGUAGACCGUGUCGAUUCUCGAGAUCGUCUAAACGAUUCGAGGGUUGAUCGAAUCGAUUCCAGAGACCGGUUGAACGAUUCGAAGAUCGACAGAAUGAACGACAGUCGCAUUGAAGACCGCAGAAUGUCAGACUUGAACGCGAGUAUACGUAUAGAGGGUAGUCCUAAGGCGAGGGCUCAUAUUAGUCCAUUGCGUAUGCCUAGAACUAGCCCUAAAAACUUGCCUAAAGAUCAUCUCAGGCAAUCAAGUUCAGAUUCCAGUAAGCCAGAGUUCUUCGUGCCCCCACCACCGGUUCAUUCUCCCUUAUCUCCUAACACCGAGGAGUCUCUUCUCUCUGACGAAGAUGACAGAAGAAAGGAUAUAGUAUACUCCAAUGAACCGGAAACUUCAAAGUGCUUAGGACCUGAUUCUCAGUACGAGCCUGUUAGAGACGUGAAAGAGGAUAUUCUAAAAACAAGUCAUCACCAUUGCUACAGUGACACUAAUACAAUGGAUUCUGGUUGGCAGAGUGGUUCAGAAAAACAAGUCACAGAUUAAUAUUGUUGAAGGUCUCCAUGAACUUUAUUUUUGCUUACACUGGUAGAAGUAGACCUAGAUAGAGAUGGAUGGAUUGCGUGAAAGGUGAUAUGACCAAGAAGGGAGUGAUGACUGAUAUGACGGAUGAUAGAGUUAUUUGGAGAACAAAAACCCGGUAUGUCAACCGUGGAGAAGUAGAGAGUAGGAAAAGAUAGAGAGGAUGAUGAACGUUGUGUCUAUGACAUGUGUGUUUUCUGUUUCGACAUUUUUAAGUAGUUUGAAGGUCGAUUUUAAUGAUUAUUGUAAAAUACAACUAUAAGGAAACUAUACCUAUAUUAGGUGAUGAAUGUGUUCUCCUAAAAUAUUACUAAAUUCAACACUAUUUUAAAGUGAGAUACGAUAAAGAAUUCGUACAUUUUUUCAAAGAGUUUUCAUCAAUUUAUAAAGUUAAGAAUAGUAGAUGUGUAUUCCAUUUUUAUAAUCAUAAGGAGGUUUUUAGAGUAGAAACGUGUAACUCAUUUUAUUUAAGAGAUAUAAAAAAGAACACUGUCUGAUGAUGAUGAUCACUGAUUUUUACUUGGUCAUUUAUCUAUAUUUGUACAGAACAUAGCUCUGGCUUUAUUAAAUCGAAACACUUAUCUCGUAUGAUAUUAUUAUAUGUUCUUUUACUAAUUGUAUAGACCAACCAUAAGGAACCAACGGUCAAUGCGACUGGUACAUUGAUCUCUAUAGAUGGAUAGGUCAUAAGCCGUAUCUUGUGUCUAAAUGAUUAUCACCGGUUUGGCACUAACGGUAGCUAUAAUAGAGAUAAAAUUAACUAUCGGGAAUUAACAGCUUUUGAGGAGUCUAGCAAUAGACAUUGCCAGGCGACCUAUCCAUAUCUACAGAUCAGUGGUUUUAGACGUAAUAAUGUGUAACUUCGUUAAGUUAAACUGUUACUUUUAAUUUAGUUUUUUUUAAACUGUGUUACUGUAUGUUCUAUACAAUGAUUAUUGUGUUGUUUUGCCAACAAGAAACUAGAAUGUUUUUAGCAUUAUUGUUUUCGGUAAACUAUGCCAUCCGAAGUAUUUUGUAAGUAAUUAUGUCAAAAAUGUUUAGUUUUAACUUUACUAUAAUCAAAAUAUUUAUUCAUCGUAUUCAGAAACGCACAACUGUAGCAUUCCGUUACCUUCUUUGGUUAAAUCUAGUUGUAAGUAUUGUAAUGCAUAAAUUUCGAAUAAAAGAAAACCUUGCCAUUUAUCUGUAGGUUUUGUGCCAAUUAGUAAUUACUAGAUAUUUUGUGUCUAUUUACUUUUUUAAUUAAUGAUUUAUAACUAAUGUUUCUUAAAUAUUCAGGCGAAUUGUAUUUUUUAAAUGUAAACAAAUGUAUUUAUAUUGUAGUUUUAACCAUUUUUCUUUGGGAUAAAAAAUCAAUCUCUUAAUAAUUUCUACGGGCCUUCAGGCCUUUGACUUCAAAGCUACUUUUAUGUACGUUAUCCUGUAAUUUUUAAAUUGCUUUUUACUUGUAUUAUGUAAAUAGGACGUUAUUAGCAAAGGAUUACAGAUACAUUAAAAUAACUAUUUUGUAAAUAUCAUGUGAUUACUUUAACUGUUGCAGUCAUUUUUAACUGGCCACUAAGGGACUACAUCUUUGCUUAUAUUUCCUGAGAAUUUUAUACUACUCGUAAGUUAUAAAAUGAACUCUUUAGAGUGGCAGUUAGUUUUGCUAUUAUUUUAGUAGAUUUCAUUAAGUGCUAACUUAAGUUAUAAUCAAUCUAUGACUGUAUUAAAACAAAUGUUUGAUUUGUUACAGUUUUGUCUUAAAAUGAUUAGAUGAUUUCCCCUUUUGGAAAUAUAUUUUAAAAUAAUGUUUCAAAACGCAUGUUAUUUUUGCUCGAAAAUUAUAUAUUAGCUUGAAUGUUUAAUUGAUAUUUGUAUUCUUAAAUGUGCUGAAACAAGCAUUUUAAAAUCGUACCUUUGUAAGUUUGAAUUGUAACAUUUGUGGUUUAUCCUUUGUUUUACGAGAACGCACCUUAAAUAUGUACUUUUAGCAAAAAUCGUUUUUAUAUACCUUAGAUAUGUCUUGUGAUGUAUUAGAUAUUUCUUUAUAAUGUUUAUUUCAUUGAUUAGUAACUAUAUUAGAUUUAUCAGUUACAAUGAUUCUAUUAAAAGACUGAAAUCUU